CACCCAGCCAGUCCUUUCGAAGUAGUCUAUCAACCAACACGCAUUUGAUUUUUUGAUUUGAUUUAUAAAUUUUUCAAAAUGAUAAUAGAAAUAUUAAUAUUUCUACUAACUUCCCUUCUUGGUUUUUUCGUGUAUUCACAUUGGAACGCGACAAAUUAUUUCAAAAAGAGAGGAGUGAAAUGUUUACCCGGUGUUCCUAUAUUUGGGAAUGCGUUUAACAGUACAGUCGCUAAAAAGCACAUUGUAGAUGAUCUGAACAAUGUGUAUAAGGCUUUUCCGGGAGAAAGAUAUGUCGGCUACAUCGAAGGCACGGCCCCCAUCGUCCUGAUCAGGGACCCUGAGCUGAUCAAACAGAUCACGGUGAAGGACUUCGACCACUUUGUCGACCACAAACAGUUCUUCCCUGAGGAUAUCGAACCGUUGUUCGGUGGCAGCGUGCUUAUGAUGAAAGGCGACAGAUGGCGCGACAUGCGCACGACCCUGAGCCCCGCAUUCACUGGCUCCAAGAUGCGACAGAUGAUGCCCUUCAUGACAGAGAUCAGCAACAACAUCGUUGAAUACUUGAAAGAAAAUGUUACACCAAAUGACGACCUGGAUGUCGGAGACUUAGUUCGUCGCUACACAAACGACGUCAUCGCCUCCGCAGGCUUCGGUCUCCAGAUAAAUUCGUUAAAAGACAAAGACAACGAAUUCUUCAAACUUGGACAGGAAAUGUUCAAGUUUGGACUCUACGAGAGAUUCAUGUUCUUCAUCACUGCCCAGUUCCCGAAACUCACGAAGAAAUUGAACUUGAAAGUAUUCCCGCAAAAAACCACGGAUUUCUUCCAAAAUAUUGUGGUCAGUACCAUCGAGUUUCGAGAGAAAAAUGGAGUGGAGAGACCGGAUAUGAUCCAGCUUUUGAUGGAGGCUUCUAAAGGCAACCUGACACAUACAAACGAAAAAGACAAUGUUGGAUUCGCUACAGUUGAUGAAGCUUUGAAGCCGCAAGGGAAAAUAAGAGACUGGACCUUAACAGAGCUCACGGGUCAAGUGUUCAUUUUCUUCGUGGCCGGUUUCGAAAGCGCCGCCACUGCCAUCGUGAUGGCAAUCCACGAACUGGCUGUCAACCCUGACGUGCAAGAGAAGUUGUACCAGGAGGUCAAACACUUCAAGGAGACCAAGGGCAAUUUGACAUACGACAACAUCGUUGACUUGAAAUAUCUGGACUGCGUUCUGAAUGAGACAUUGAGGAAGUGGUCAGCGGCCCUGAUCAUGGACCGAGUUUGCACAAAACCGUAUGAAUUGCCGCCGCCAAGGGAAGGAGGAAAACCGUUCCCUCUCAAAGUAGGUGACAUCGUCUACAACAUGGUGAACACGAUCCACAUGGACCCUGAAUACUUCCCUGAACCUGAAAAGUUCGACCCUGACCGCUUUUCUGACGAAAAUAAACACAACAUCAAACCAUUCACCUUCAUGCCUUUCGGUAUGGGACCGAGGAAUUGUAUUGGUUCCAGAUUCGCCCUGCUAGAGUUGAAGGUACUUCUCUACAGCAUUGUGCUCAACUUCAAGAUCCUAAAAGGACCAAAAACCUCGGACCCUAUUAAAUUGGAGGCAGCUGACUUCAACAUCAGAGCCGUUGGAGGUACCUUUGUGAGACUGCAAGAAAGAAAAUAAGAAGAUACCAUUGACACCUUGUGCAUAAACAAAUAUACUUACUACCAAUCUCUGUAAAAAAGCGUCCGAGGUGCAACUUGUCACUAAGCGACGGCGUGUCUAAAUCGAAUUUAGGCGCAAUGGGCACUGUACAACCGAUAUUUUUCUUUAACAGCCAUAACAUCUAAAUUUGAAGGAACUAACUUAUACUAUCUACAUACUUUAAUGUAUACGUAUUUACAACUAGGAUUCGACGCUUUUUUACAAAAAAAAAAACCUUAGCGACUGUGAGUCUAUUUGUUUAUAGUAUGUCAGUGGAAGAUAAGAAGUAUGACCAAGAGGAUAAGACUUAGAUAGUUAAGACCUGCAUGAUGACUGGACAAAUUCUCUUGACGAUAACAGCGCGAACAAUGGUAUAGAUCGCUAGAUAUGUUUUGUUUACAAGGUGAAUGAACUCACCAACUUUGUUAUAAAAAUAAAACAACUAUAAGUACUAUAUUGCUUUAAGAUAAUUAUAAUUACAGAUAAGUGAUAACAGUGACAAAUAAUAUUUAGUAUUUUUUUAUACCAUUCUGAACGUGUUUAUAAAAUUAAGUGCAAUAUAUUCGCUAGCUUUGUUAAGUUUGUAUAAAUAUUUUUUAUCUUUUAAA